AUUUUUCCCCCACCCGUCAUCGCUUCUUCCCAAGCAAGGAGGAGCCGAGGAAGAGGAGGAGGAGGAGGGGGACGGGCGGCUCCUACCCGCCUCGCGUGCUCCGCGGCCCGCGCAUCCUGCCUCGCCGCCUUCCUCGCCCCCGGAGCCGCGGCUCGCCGAGGGAAUAGCGAAAAGGCGCUAUGAGUUCAGCGAGUGGUGUGACCAAUGGUCAUGGGAAAGAAGCAGCAUUAUAUGAGGAGCAGAAGUCCAAGAUCGGUAAAGUUAAAACUGAACUAGGACAGCUAUCUGGAAAAUCAGCUCUAUAUUGCUCAGACGCUUCAAUUGCAAGGUACCUGAUAGCAAGGAACUGGGACGUGAGGAAGGCCACAAAAAUGCUGAAGAAAACCUUGAAAUGGCGUUUAGAGUAUAAGCCAGAUGAGAUCCGCUGGGAUGAUAUAUCUGAUGAAGCUGUGACUGGAAAAAUUUACCGAGCUGAUUACUUUGACAAGAGUGGGCGGAGUAUCCUUGUCAUGAGACCUGGAUGCCAGAAUACCAAGGAUGCCAAAGGGCAAGUCAAGUACUUGGUGUACUGUAUGGAGAAUGCAAUUCUAAAUCUGCCACAUGGUCAGGAUCAGAUGGUUUGGCUCAUUGAUUUUGCUGGCUUCAACUUAGGUAACCUGUCAAUUAAUGUGACAAAGUUGACGGCAGAUGUCCUUCAAGGUCAUUAUCCUGAAAGAUUGGGUGUGGCAAUUCUUUACAAUGCCCCAAAGUUUUUUGAGCCUUUCUGGAAGAUGGCAAGCCCCAUUCUUGAGAGGAAGACCAGAAACAAGGUCAAAUUUGUAUACUCAGAUAGGCCUGACACCAUGAAGAUCAUUGAAGAUCUUUUCAACAUGGAUGAGUUAGAAUGUGCUUUUGGUGGCAAGAAUCCAGCUACUUUCAAUAUAAAUGAUUAUGCCGUGAGGAUGAGAGAAGAUGACAAGAAGAUGCCAUCAUUCUGGAGUCCUGAGAAUUCAGCUCUUGCUUCCGAGCCAUAUCUGAUGAGCAACCAAAAGCCCCAAGAAAGCAGCUCCUCGGGUGUGAAGGCUGAAGAGACUGAACCUGAAAAGAGGGAAGAAACAGAUACUGCACCUGAAAAGAGGGCAGAAUCGGAUACCGAAUCUGAAAAGGAGGAAGAAACACAGACUGAAUCAAGCACAGUUGAGCAGAAAAGCUUGCCGGGAGAAGAUACUGCUCCAGCAGAUAAAAGUGGCCUUUAAUCUGAUCUGUGAGUAUCACCAUGAAACGUAAAUGGUAAAUGUUGAUAGGAGCUCUACAACAGUGUGUUCUCAUUAAUAGAUGAACAUCAAAGGCGAUGAGAAACUCUUUUAACACAUGGCAGGAUCGUUAUGCCUGACUUGUUUUGUAGUCAGCGUCACUCUGUUUCUUUCAUCCCUCACUAUCCCACUCCAUUUUUCUGCCCUCGUGAUUUUAUUUGAAGAACCCUGUUGUGGCAGAAUGAGAUCCAACAGACGGUAAAGAACUAAUACAAUAUUUUGUUACCCUCAGUUUCAUCGUAA